GUUCAAAUGUACUAAAGACAGUUUUAAAUUUUACAGGUACAUUGGAACUUGACACCUCGUUGUAACAUCACCGAACAUACUCUACCUAUUUAUUCUCAUUCAUUCUUUCUGUAAUGUUGCAUGAAUAACUUCUUCAAACAUUAUUAGCAAACAAACAAACAAUUUCAGUUUCAGUUUCAGUUUCAUUUUACAAAAAACGAUGAUGUCUUCUGCUACUACUCUUCCUAUUUCUCCCAUUUCUGUAAAAUCAUUGUCUACAAUGCAAUCCCUACCGUUUUCUAAUCGACUUAUGGUUCCUUCCGGCAGCCGUCCGGCGAUGUUCACCGGUGUUUCAAUGGGUGGCAGUGGUAGCCGUUCACUCCCUUGUGUUACACUGAGGUGUUCUUCAGUUCCAACUACAUCCAUUGUUGAGGAAGUCGAUGCAAGAAGAAAGUUUAUAGAAGCAACAAAAGAUGGAAACUUGAUUCCUCUCCAUCAGUGCAUAUUCUCUGAUCAACUUACUCCUGUUCUUGCUUACCGGAGUUUGGUUAACCAAGAUGACCGGGAAGCUCCAAGCUUUCUUUUUGAGUCUGCUGAGCCUAAUUUUCAAGGUUCUAAUGUGGGGCGUUACAGUGUUGUAGGAGCUCAACCAACAAUUGAAAUUGUUGCAAAAGAGAAUAAGGUUACAGUAAUGGACCAUGAAUCUGGUCAAUUAACUGAGGAGAUUGUUGAUGAUCCUAUGGAGAUUCCAAGAAAAAUCUCACAGGAUUGGAGACCAUGUCUUAGUGAUGAACUUCCAGAUGCAUUCUGUGGUGGUUGGGCAGGUUAUUUCUCUUAUGACACAGUUCGUUAUGUGGAAAAGAAAAAGCUACCAUUUUCAGAUGCCCCAAAGGAUGACAGGAACCUCGCAGACAUCCAUCUGGGCCUUUAUGAGACUGUGAUUGUGUUUGAUCAUGUUGAGAAGAAAGCGUAUGUGAUUCUUUGGGUGAGGACUGACCAAUAUUCAUCAGCUGAGAAUGCUUACGAGGAUGGAAAAACACGAUUAAAAAAAUUAGUGGCCAAAUUACAAGACAACAAACCCCCGAGGCUGGCUCCUGGCGCCGUGGAUUUGGAAACUCGCCAUUUUGGUGCUCCUUUGAAGGAAUCAAACAUGACAGCUGAAGCAUAUAAGGAGGCGGUCCUUCAGGCAAAAGAACAUAUUAAAGCUGGAGAUAUUUUCCAGAUUGUAUUAAGUCAAAGAUUUGAACGAAGAACCUUCGCUGAUCCAUUUGAAGUUUAUAGAGCUUUAAGAGUUGUGAAUCCAAGUCCAUAUAUGACUUAUUUGCAGGCUAGGGGAUGUAUUCUGGUUGCUUCAAGUCCAGAGAUUCUUGCGCGUAUAAAGAACAAGAAGAUUGUGAAUCGUCCAUUGGCUGGGACAUCUAGAAGGGGCAACACGGUAGAAGAAGAUGAACGGUUAUCAGCGAAGCUCUUGAAAGAUGAAAAGCAAUGUGCAGAGCAUGUAAUGCUGGUUGAUUUGGGGCGCAAUGAUGUUGGAAAGGUCUCAAAAAAUGGUUCUGUUAAGGUUGAGAAGCUUAUGAAUGUUGAACGAUAUUCGCAUGUGAUGCACAUUAGUUCAACGGUUACGGGAGAACUGCAAGACCAUUUGACCUGCUGGGAUGCCCUUCGUGCUGCCUUGCCUGUUGGAACUGUCAGCGGAGCACCGAAGGUGAGAGCCAUGCAGUUAAUCGAUGAAUUGGAGGUGGCGAGGCGUGGACCUUACAGCGGAGGAUUUGGAUACAUAUGUUUCAACGGCGACAUGGACAUUGCACUAGCUUUGAGGACAAUAGUAUUUCCAACUGGAACUAGGUACGACACAAUGUACUCGUACAAAGACCUCAACAUCCGCCAGGAAUGGAUUGCUUACCUUCAAGCUGGUGCUGGUAUAGUUGCUGACAGUGACCCUGCUGACGAGCACCAAGAGUGUCAAAACAAAGCUGCUGGUCUUGCUCGUUCCAUUGACUUGGCCGAGUCUGCUUUUGUCGACAAGUAAAAUCUGUGAUACCUGCAAGUCCAAUCAUUUGAUAUACGAAGUAGUCGAUGUAGUCGAUUACCAUUUAGUAAAUUCUAAACUAAUAAUACAUAGUUGCUUGUGUUGGGGGAAACACCUUUCAUAAGAUAUAAGAAUAUAGUUAUAUGCAGUGAAACUCUUGAUCGUGCAAUAUCUCUUUUGUUUGUUCGAAAAUGUCAGAUGUAGCUUUGGGUUUAGUGUUUACCUUCUAAUAGUUUUGGUUUAUCGAUGUUGAAUAAUUACAAUAUUAUUGUUGUUAUCUUUUUAAACUGUUGAGCUUGGAAAUUCUGGUUUACAAUUGAUUCAAAGCUGAAUAACAAACAA